AAGUAAUCGGUAACUUCAGCUUUUUCGUCACAGGUACUACUAGUUUGCAUCUCCGGCGAAUGGUUGUAAAUCACCUAUUUAUUACAGGACUUCAAAGGAUUUUCCAUCUUCAUCUAUUUUGCUAUGGGUUACUCUAACAAACUUACAGAAGAAGAGGAAAUGCUCCAGAAAAAGUUCGCAAAACUAAGGAAGAAGAAAAAGCUGAUUCAGCAACUAAGACAGAGCAAAUCACAUCCUCAAACCCCAACAACUCCUCAGCCUAAAGCUGCAAAAAGACCUGCUGAAACAAGUCAAGAAGAUGCAAGAGAACUUGCAAAGAAGGUUCUAGCAGCUCAGCAAUCCAAGUUGUCCAAGCCUGAAAACAAAGAGAAAGGUUUCAAGAGGUCCCGCAACUUAGAAAGACACCGUCGAGAUCCUGACAAGCCUCCCAGUGCUGCACCUUCUUACAAACCAUUUGAUGAUGCUAAAUCUGGUCUUCGGGGUCCCGGAGAGCGGUCCUCAUCACCAGGUGUCGACUCUCCUAAGAAGAGUCUCUAUGACAGCUUUGUGAGUAGCGGAACUCUGGAUGAUGAGAAACGUGGAUUCCAUCAAGACUCUUUUGGUGGUAGAAAGCGAGGACCCACAAUCUUUGUCUCGGCACAAGAAAUCAGUCAGGAACUGUGUAAGCAAGCCUUCAGCAAGUUUGGUACAAUGGCAAACUUGGCCUUGGAACCGGAAAGAAGGCGUGCCUUCAUCACAUUCGACACUGUGGAAGCAGCGGACAAGGCCUGUGAAGAGAUGAAUGGCAACAUGGUGAACGGAAUGACCCUCAGGGUGAAUUUUGCAAGGAAACAACCUGCUCUAGAGGCAGUCCAGAACAAUACCAACUCACCUUGGACCAAGAUAGCUGGCGGCAUUACCAAGACCAGACCAAAGGAUAGUAGAGAGGUGGUUGUAUAUGAUAAUGAUGACCCGUUUGCAUAGAAAAGGUUAUCACUGUACAGCGACUUAUGCUGAUGAUUUUGGUCCAUUCACAUUGAAUAGAUCAGACCGAAGGAUGGUAGAGAGAUGGUUGUAUAAAACAAUGAUGACCCGUUCGCAUAGAAAAGAUUAUCACUGAGCAGUGAUUUGUGCCGAUGUUGCCCCAUUCGCAUUGAAGAGAAAAGACCGAAGGAUAGUAGAGAGGUGGCUAUAUACCACGAUAAUGAUGACCCUUUCGCAUAGAAAAGAUUAUCACUAAGCAGAGAUGUGUGCUAAUGAUUUUGGCCCAUUCACAUUGAAUAGACCAGACAGAAGGAUAGUAGAUAGGUGGUUGUAUACAUGUACCAUGAUAGUGAUGACCCUUUCGCAUAGAAAAGAUCAUCACCGAGGAACCAGUUUGCUGUCAUACAUGUAUGAUGACUAAGAAGUAGUAUGCUGCAGUUCUCCACAUAAAG